AUGUUGCGCACUGCUACUUUCACGGGUCUGGCUCUUUUUGCCUUAACGGCGAAUGCAGCACCCAUUCACGACUCCCCUGUCAACCAUAUCGCCAGAAGAACUUUUCAAAGUCGGAAUGCAGAUGUAAACAUCACCACGUGGAAGCCCACAGCCCAAACAGCCUCACGCACUCCGGACAAGUCCUCACAUGUCCUGCCUUUAAAGAAGCGCAAGGCAACCAGCGCCAGCUCUCAUAGCGCAGCCUCCCUGACUGGCAAAACGAAAAAGGCCACCACCUCUGGAAGUAGCACGCUGAUCUCCCUGGCCGAGGGUGAGGAAUACGCUACUUCCAUCACUAUCGGAACACAGACUUUUGAGGUUAUUGUUGAUACAGGAUCUAGCGAUACCUGGGUCGUUGAGGAGGGGUUCACUUGUAUCGAUCUUGAUACUGGUGAGGAUACGACUGAGUCUGCUUGCGACUUUGGUCCAACUUAUACCCCUGAUAGUACUCUGUCAAAGAUAUCCAAUGAGGAAUUCAGCAUUGAAUACGGUGAUGGUGAAUAUCUGUAUGGUUAUAUAGCCACCGAGACUGUAACUCUGGCCGAUGUCACCGUUGACCAGGAAAUUGCUAUUGUCACCGAGAGUGCAUGGGAAGGAGACAGUACUACGUCUGGUUUGACUGGUCUGGCAUACCCUCUAUUAACGAGUGCCUACGAUGGCUUUGAACAGGUAGAAUAUAACCCCAUCUUCACGACAAUGGUCAAAGACGGUCUGGUCGACUCAUACUUCAGCCUUGCUAUCCUUCGUGAUGUUUCUGGCGAUGCAGGAUACCUGACUCUUGGUGGUCUUCCCCCGAUUACCUUUAAUGAAACCUGGACUUCGACCGAUAUCCUAAUCACUUCCAUUGAAGGAUACAGCAAAGGCUACGACUUUUACACUAUCAACAUUGACUCAGUCAGUGUGAAUGGCAAGACCAUUUCUGGCGCAGGGGGCACCGAUAUUCAGUACAUUGUCGACUCUGGUACAACCCUCAACUAUUACCCUACUGCCGUCGCCGAUGCUGUAAAUGCUGCCUUCGAGCCUGCAGCCACAUAUAACUCAGAUGAAGGGGCCUACGUCGUAGACUGCAAAGCCACUGCUCCCACCCACACCAUCACUAUCGGCGGCACUGCCUUCACCAUUAACCCGCUCGACUUGAUCCUGUACGCUGGUACUGAUGAUGAAGGCAAUGAUAUCUGCAUUACUGGUAUCGUUGAUGGUGGUGAUGAUUACUCUGAGGAUGUGUUUAUCCUCGGUGAUACCUUCCAGAAGAAUGUAGUCACCGUUUUUGAUGUUGGCGCCACUGAGUUGAAGUUUGCGCCUAAUGUGGACUAUACAUCUAAUGAUGACUAUUAG